CACGAAUGUAGUCUCACCAAAAUGGCGGCGAUAUCGCCUGCCGCUCAAGAUAGGCUCUUUGUUUUUGGGCUUGGUCUUGCGACUCUAGCAGUAUUUGGGGUCAUGCGACAGAUGCUUGUCCAUUACCGCGAUACAGCUGUGAUUCCUCCGUCUGAAAAUAAGCCGCAGUACAUCACACAAGAUGUCGAAGACUCUCUAAAGCUAAGUACUUUGGACAAACUUCUCGAUAGUCCAAACUAUUGUAUUCAAGAGACAACCGCAAUCAUUGUAUGCGAGCGAGCUCUUCACGAUGGACCCACGAUGGAUGUGUUAUUCUGGUACAUCACACGGCCGGACCACAAACUCAGGGAGAAAGGCAUCAGGGCUUUAACUAUGAUGAUCAAUAGCGCCACGGUGAAGAUGAUUGAGAAGCCCGACACGUACGCGGCCCUCGUCAAAUGUCUCGAAUACUGCAUCAAAGACUACCCGCACAACGAAUUUGAUCCUGAAUGGGACAACUGGCAUCUGCGGGAUAUUGUCGAGCAAGAUUGCUUGUUAGUACUCAUUCAGCUGGUUGACAAAUUUGGGAUCGAAGGACUUGUUAAAUCGCGAUUUGUGGAGCGCUGGCUUGCAAAAGAGCCGUGGGGCGAGAGAGCAGAGACGGGGUUUAGCAUAAACUUUGAGAUAGCUCUCCGGAAUGGCAAUCGUCUCAGCCAGCUCACCAUGCCAUUGUUCAGGGACCCUGCAGGAAGAGCACAAUUGAUCAAGGCGAAGCUUGUGCGCAACUUGACUGAGUCAGAUUUGAGCCGUUUGGGGGAUGCCAGGAUGAUUGACGGUGAAGGCACAGCGGGUGAAGACUUCGAAGGGAUGUUUGUUGAGAGCAGGCGAAGAAGAGACCAAAGUUCCGAGGAAGAGCAUAUUAGGAGACGCCAUAGAGAGGCUAUGGUUUUGAAUGAUGGAACUCGACCGCUAGGAAGGAGCGAUAUUAUUCAGCGGGAGAGAUGAAGGAAGUUUUAGUUAUGAGUCCGUAAAGGACUAGCGGGAGGUUGCUAGAACUGUGCAGCUUGAAAACACCAGGCACACACCGAUGUCUGUUCGAGUAUGACAGAGUCAAGACCAUCUUCUGGAAAGUGUGUCCAGGUGCAGCUGGUCUCAGUCAGCAUAUGUGCAUAGCCCAGCUACGGACGAUAGAAAUGCGAAAUCAGGACUGACUGGCCU